GGACUUUACUAUUGACGACGCCAUCUUGUAAAGAUGGAUAUGUUGGCAGGUUAUUCGGACGAUGCAGAUAGCAAUACAUCAAAUGUUGAUAAAUUUCAGCAGAUGCCGACUAAAUUGGAUGGCGGUUCUUUGAACGACAAUGCAAGUAAUCUUGAGGCUGAAUGGGAAUCAUUUGAGAAAAUGAUUGGUGGACAGCAAGAGACUGUGCCUUGUGCUGUUCCGCCAGUUAGUGUGGCCCCUCCUUCGUUGACUCCUGCUAUAGGAGAGGCCCCAAUGGACUUGGACAGUGAUGACGACGAAUCUAUGCCAAUACUCACCAAAAUGACUGCAUCACCGGUCAGGCAGUCUAGACCGUCAUCCAGUUCGUCAUCAUCCUCAUCUGGUUCAAGAGCUUCAUCUGUUGAAUCAGAUAAAAGUGCAGGGCACAGUCGAAAUUGUGCGAUGCCUAGAGCAUAUGCUUCAGUCUCAGAAGAGAAGAUUGAAGACGAAAAUCCGUUGAAGGAUGCUUCCAGUCCCAAGUCUAGAUCGACCUCACCUGCAGGACAACAUCUUUCUAGGUCAAGUUCAAGGUCCAGGUCACCGUCACCAGUUGAAAAGAGUAAAUCUAGAUCCAAAUCAAAGUCCCCAUUAUCGGCAGCACACAAGAAGUCGAGAUCAAAGUCACAGUCACCAUCUGUAAAACGACGCAGAUCCUCUGAAGGUAGACACUCGAGAUCGAGAUCAAGGGAUAGAAGACGGCAUGGUUCAGAUAAAAGACACCGACGGAGCAGAAGCAGAUCUCACGAUAGGAAACGACCAUCCCGAGAAAGAAGAAAACAUAAAGACCGGCAUCGGAGAAGAAGUCACAGCAGAGAUAGAAAGUCGAGCAGAAGUAAAGGGCACAGGCAAAGCAGAAGUAGAGAUGGAAAACGCAGCAGAAGCAAGAGUCACGAAAGAAAACGAAGCAGGAGCAAGAGUCGAGAUAGGCGAAAUAGUUCAAGUAAAGCCAAAGAAAGAAGGGACCGAAGACGCAGUAGGAGUAAGGACAGACGGCGAAGUAGGAGCAGAGAGAGAAAACACAAACCAAGGCGACAUAGUCGCAGUAGGAGCAGAGAUCGCAGCAGAAGUCGGAGUUACGAUCGAGAAAGUCCACGGGUGACUAGAGCCCAUGUUCCAGCGAAAAACAAACCAGUUAAUUUCAAAGAGAAAAUGAGGCAACAGCUCUUCAAUGCUAGCAAACUGCUUGUGGAGCAAGGAGCCGGUACAUCGGGCGAAGGAGAAGAGAAAGACUCUCAGAAAGAUAAACUUGCAAGAUUGGAUGCUAGUGCUAUAUACAAAAAUAUGUCUGGCGUGACCCCACAGAUGGCUCUUCUUCAAACAAUGGCUGCUAUGCAUCAAAAGGCUCAAGAGAUCACUGGAGUAGCUGUACCAAAAUAUUACAACCCUGCUGCCGUGAAUCCUCUCAAAUAUGCAGAACAAGUUCAGAAACGGAAGUUACUCUGGGCUAAAAACAAGGAGAAGAAGCCAGAAGCUGAAACAACUGGUCAGUGGCAGGCUACAGCCUUUAUUUCUGAUAACGAUGGACGGAUGGCUGCCAAGUUCCGCAAACUGAUGGGAAUGAAGGAAGGUGAAGAACACGAAGUGGAUGAGGAUAAGGCCAAAGAACUGGAGGAGAUUAAAAAGAAACAGGAGGAACUGUUUUAUCACUUGGACAAGGAGUACGAGUUCGCUAGAAUGACGACUCACACGCAGAGAGGGGUGGGGCUGGGGUUCGGGUCUCAGACUUUGCCACAUCAGUGACAAUCGCAGAUGGCUUUCUGACUUUCACAAUGCUUGGCAGUAAUGUUUUAUUAUCUCAUCGGUGCUGUAUUGUAAAACAAAUCUUGUAGAUUUAAAAUCUUCAUCCACGUCCAGAGAGCCAACAAAAGUCAUAGUGCAUCAUUUUUGUUUUUGUCUUAUAGUGGAUUUUGGUAAUGAAACGAAACCCACCGUUGGUAGAAUUAUGUACACAUUUAUGUAUUAAAUAUGUAAUUGUGUGUGCAGUGUGUUUAUAAUCCACCAGUUAACACGAGAAAGAAUCCUAAAAAAGAAUUCAAGAGCAGCAGCUUCCUUGUUCUCAGAGAACAAAGAUGAUACAUAAUAUUUCCAAAAGUGAUAACAUGAUUUUUGUGUGUAAAUUAGACUGGUGGAACAUUAUGCUUAAGUUGAAGUGGUCUAAUGCAAUUCCAUAAUGUUUUGCAUCCAUUUCUAAGGCAGAAAACGAAGCCAUAUAGUAAUUUAGUUGGUACAACAAGUAAUUGUAUCUUUUCUUUAAUAUUAUAUGAUAGUUUUGUUUUAUGUCUUAUUUUGUAAUGUGUUUCUGGCUGUAACUCGACUGAUUCAACACCAGAAUUAUGAUCUUUUUUUUUUUUUUUUAAUUGCAUAGCUAAUAACAAUUUGACACUUAUUGAUACCAUAUUAAGUAAAAGUAGUACCAAAAUUUCAAUAAAAGGAAAGCAUUUAAUACUUUUUAUUUUGGUAGGUAUUGAAAAAUUGCAUAUUAUGUAUAGGCAUGUACAUAUUUUGAUACAUAAUAUAGUGCUCACAAUUCCAAGUGUGUGUUGGGAGAACACAUGUAUAUAAUGUAAAUAUGUAAAUGAUGUGAGAAAGGGACUUUGAAUGUAGCCUAUUUAAGUGUGUUCCAAUGUCUAUAGUAGGUGUACAAAAUAUUGUUACGAAUCACGUGGUCUUGAAAUGUUUUGGUGUCAUGGUCAACUGUUCCUAUUAGGAAGUUGACAAUUGCAAAUGUCUUUUGACUUAUUAGGAACAGGUGGCUGUUCAAAAUUAAUACAUGGUGAAUAAGACUGGUGAAUACGUAUUUGCUUAUCAGUUUGAAUGCAUCAAGAAAUGGGGAAAUAUUUAAUUAGCUCUCCGGUUCAAACAUUAGGUAGUGUAACCAGUUAUAUUAAUGGAAAUUUUGGAAACUCAAAUAAAAGCCUUGCAAGUAAUAUAUACUUUUUCUUAAGGUUAAGGAUAGUUAAGUAAUCUUAGAAAAAAAAGUUUAAUUGAAUUCUUUUGUUUUAAAUAAAAUAUAAGAUUAUCUAAUUAUCAUGUAACAGUUUUGAACAGUUGGUACCAGGUCUCACAAGGAAAGUAUUUUGUUUUAGAAGAUAGGAUUUUACCACCACCACCACCACCACCCCCCACAAAAUGUAAGCAAACUAUCAUUAGGCUAAUUUGACUACUGACACGGUGAGUCCUACUGACAUUUAUGCAGAAAUGAAUAUUCAUGUUUGUGUUAACUAUGGAAACCUUGUUUACAUGUACAUGUAACUGAAGUAUCUUUACUUGGUUUUGUUUCUUCAUCAGAGUUGUGUACCUUCUUAAAAAAUAAAACUAUAAAAUGAAA